AUGGCUGAAGCACGGCGGUUCGCCGACCUCCUUUAUUUCAAAUCCCUCGGGAAGCCAGCAGAGCUCUAUCCGCCUUCCAGAUCUAAACUGUCAGGCCAAAAUGCUUCUCGACUAGGGGUAGAGCGGAACAUCCACAAGCGAUGGUUGCUUAAGUCGCAUCCUGAAGCUUUCCUGGGAAAUUCGGUCGUCUCGGGUCUCCUGACUGAGAACAUUGACCGGUUCCAGAAACUCGAUGAUACAUUGAGUUCACGGCCUCUGCUUGUAAUGGCCGAGAUGGUCGACUGGAGCCAGCCUGUUAGGCCUGUGAAUAUCCCAGUCCUUGCAGCUGUAACCGGAGAGUCUGGCGAGCUUUUACGUCUCGCCCGUAUUGAGGACUCAAAGUGGAAGUGGGAUGAAGACGAACAUAGUAUUCUCCAUCUUUCUGUUAUAGAUCCGGUAGACCAGGACGAUGAGCUUAUAUGGGAAAGCGAUGGAUUACCCAUCUCCCAAGUCAAAUACGUAUCCAGCGCUGGUUCGCGAUACGAGGCCAUAAGGUGGAUCAUUGUGCAGAAGGAAACAUCUACGGUCAUUUUGCAGCCCGAGUACCAGCCUAUUCCCCUAAGCACCACCCGGAAUACCUCUUCUGGCCAAGGGCAAUCUUCUUCCCGGAUCAAGGCAAACCCAAUCUUGACUCUGUGGCACCACGAGACGGGUGGAAACGCGCACGCGGAUGUAACUUUUAACGUCCCUGCAGACAGCUCACCCCCUCAGCUCUGUGUUGUUGAUGAAUGUGGCUACUGGACACUCUGGAACAUCCAUGGCAAAUUGGGACGGACUGCGACCGCUUUACGACUAACACCAUAUAAAUGCGGUCACAUAUGGGAAGGAUCUCUAGGUGAAAUACCAGCGGUGCCUUUAUAUCCCGCCGAGGUACACGGGGCCCUCUUUAUUGGGUCAACUGAUGUGGUCAAUAUCACAAACGACCCGUUUGCUGGGUUCGAAAGCGAGCAGGGCCCAACUUUACGUUCAAGGCAUCUCCUUCUGUGGAAUAGAGAGCGUCUAAACAUCGUCGACGUUGAGGCAAACCAAGUGGUGGUCCAAGUUCCAGACUUCUCAUCCGCCACAUCAAAUUUCGGACACAUUGUCGACGUGCAGAUGAGUCCAGCAAACAGACGACACAUAUUCGUCAUGACCGAAAGGUUCAUCGUCUGGAUUGACGUCUUUCCGUUGGACACUGAAUCUGACCAGGUAUUCACGCCAUCCAUCAUCCUAACCUGCCCGCACAGCUCGGUCGCCAAGAAAGGCAUGAGAAUGAACAUCAGCCAUAUCACGACUGAUGAGCAAGACAACGUUAUGAUAGCUGUCUGCUCUUCUGAAGAUUUACAGCUCGAGUUGUUGUGGUUUACUCUCACUCCCGAGAAAGGCCUCUCCAAGUGGCACAGUCAAUUGACACAGUUGCCCAGAACAGACUCAAACAGGGCACAGUCCAAUUUCCAAACGUUCAUCUUACAUCCUGUUCUUCUAGAAUCCUUGACACCGGGGCAGGGUGUUGGGUCAUUGUAUCUAAGAAAUGGAUGUCAAUUCUACCAAGGCAUGAUCUUGGGUCAGGAUUUGAGCGUCAAAUACUGCAUCUGCUUUAGCAUUCAAGAUCCCACACUAGAGGUGACCCUUCCUACCACUCGACUGAAAUGGACACCGCAAGAUCAAAAUCGACGAUGGAGAAAGAAAAGAAUCAAACUUCUACGUCAUAUGGGAGACAAAUUCAUACUACCUGAUUCCAUGUCAUACAUGGAUAUGCAGCUACUCGAUUCCCACCCUCAGGCAAGAAGCGCAGCGCAAAAUAGAGCUCACAAGGGUAGAGAUCUCAAUGCUGCUCAUGGGCCAAUAUCGCUGAGAUUCGAUAUCAUUGCUCGACAUAUUCGAAUGUCAUUACUUCGCUAUUCAGACCAAGACUCGAAAGGCCUACCGGUUGCUCUUCUUGACAGUGUACAAGACAUUAUUCAGCAAGGACUCUCUUCAGGGAGGUUACCCCUAUUUACCUGGCUUGAGAUCAGUAACAUCCUAGAUGAGGGUGCCAUAGACCAGUCUGGGAUCAGCGAGGCCACUCAUGAAGAUCUAGAGGCUCUGGUCGCCAAAUUCAGAGAUGAAGUAGUCGUUACGCAGCUUCGAUGCAAGAGACCAGGUGCGCCGCCUCCUGCAGUCGGCUGGUGGUCCCAACCAAGGGACCAAUUAUCGAGAAUAUGGCUCGAGCCAUUGAGAGAAAAGAUGUCUAGGAAAGAACUAGCGUUGAGACAUAACUGGAUAACCGAGCUGGGAAAGGACCUUUUUCUUGCUACACAAGGCACUGCUGUGCAGGAUGUGCCUCUGUUCGGCUCUACGGCUACACAGGAAACGCAGACAGAGUCGCUCGCUCCAGCAUCUAUUCGGUCAUCCCCAUUGCCCAGCUCAAUCCCGUCCUCUUCUCCAAUCAUGAGCCGGACUCCGGACCCUGAUGCGGCCAUUCAGAGACUGCAACUGCUGGCACCCGGCGUCCAGCCAGGGAAACUAGGCGCCUCUAAGCCGGCCAGUGUCCUCUCAUACUGGCCCGCCGAGCGAGGCGUAGACCCAAGCCACUACACGUCCAGUGUGCUCCUUGCCUCGGAAAGCCAGCACGACGAGGCAAAGCAGCGGCUACAAAAGAUUGAGGCCAAGCGGCGAUCCAUGGCGGAGAAGUACAAGCGGCCAGCCAUCAUGCGCAAGGAACUACUAUCCAGCCAGGCGGAAGACAGCGGCGGUCUCCCUUCGCUACAAACAGGGCACAAACAGAUACCUAUGUCAAGCCAGGAAGUUCCUGCUUCUUCACAAAGUCAAGGAAUGGGCUUCACCAUGAGCCAGCCCGUCUCGGGUGUGUUUGGAGAUCGGAAGAAGACGAAGAAACCGAAGAAGAAGAGCGGGUUCCGGUAG